AUGGACUCCAUCAAGUAUCAGCAGAUAUUAAAUCAAAACCUGACUGCCACUGCCAGGAGGUUUAAACCGGGCUGUGGUUGGACCUACCAGCAGCACAACGAUCCAAAGCACACCUCGAAAUCACCACAAAAAUGGUUCACUGACCACAGAAUCAAGGUUUUGCCAUGGCCAUCCCGGUCCUCUGACUUAAACCCCACAGAAAACCUGUGGGAUGAGCUGAAGGAUCUGGAGAGAUUCUGUAUGGAGGAACGGUCUCAGAUCCCUUGCCAUGUGUUCUCCAACCUCAUUACGAAAUAUAGGAGAACGCAUCAUGUCAGAACGGGCACCUGCGAGGUCGUGGCGUUGCAUCGCUGCUGCAACAAGAACAAAAUCGAGGAACGCUCGCAAACCGUCAAGUGCUCCUGCUUUCCCGGACAAGUGGCCGGCACCACCCGAGCAGCCCCGUCCUGUGUAGAUGCCUCGAUAGUGGAGCAGAAGUGGUGGUGUCAAAUGCAGCCGUGCCUCGACGGAGAGGAGUGUAAAGUUCUCCCCGACCUGAAAGGCUGGAGCUGCGCCACGGGGAACAAGAUCAAGACCACUAAGAUAUCACCGGACAGAGACCAGCUUUGGUAA